CUCACAACAGUACAGACUAAAUUUCUCACAGGUUGGUUACUUUUAGAGCUUAUAAGCUUAGAAUGAUUUUGUAAAUAAAAUUGAGUUAAUUUUUGUAUUAUUAUUGUUAUUAUUAUUAUUUGCUUUGAUUAUUAUUAUUAUUUUAGUUGCUUGUCCUUUUUACAUGAAAGUUUGUUAUUAAAUUUACAUUUUUAUCUCAACCUUCUUGACUGGGACUCUUCUUCUGGGGUUACCCAAAGAAGUAUAUACUAUAUAGUAUAGUUUUCUAAAUAUUCACUUUAAUUUAAACACUAAAAACUCUGAUGAUGGUAACAAGUUCUACUGAUAUAGUAAGUGUCACUUCUAUUACUAGCAGGAAAGCGGAAAUGGCGGUGUUCACACACAAACCACAAGCAUACAUAAAAAUGACUCCAUGGAUGGAUUUUUAACUAUGAUUGUAAAUGUGAUUGUACCGCAUUAAUGAAGGGUGAAGUAGGAGAAUCAGCGCCCUCUGGUGGCUACUCGUUAUUGCAUGCCCGUUCACUGAAACCUCUGCAGCACUGAAACACAGCACCAGGAAGUCGACUGAAAAAGAGCUUCAGGAAUGUCCCUGACGAUCAGCAGGGCCGAAGGGGUGACGGUGUACACUGUUAACUCUGACACCAAAAGUAAAUGGCCACUUUGUUGUCAGAUCCUGGGCACCCUGUGCUACAGCCCCGUGUGCUCGGUGUCUCGGAGCCUGAAGCAGCAGUUCGGCUGUACUCUAACAGCACUGGCGACUAUCCAGAUCAUGGUUGGAAUAAUGACUCUGGGCUUCGGGGCUUUGAUUACAGGGAUUUUUACUCUUAGUAACCUGGAACUUGCUCCCUAUUGGCUAGGAGGCAUGUUUGUUGUAGUUGGAUUCAUGUGUAUUCUAGCAGAAAAGUUUCCGAGCCAGUGUCUGGUUGUCCUGACUGUGGUGAUGAAUAUAGUGAGCGCUGGAUUAGCUAUAGCUGCCAUCGUGCUUUAUUCAUUGGAUUUGGCAGUACGGGGUAGUUACUGGUGUAGGGAACCUGAACCUCACCAGGAGAGGUAUUCCUGGACAACUGCAUCUCCUUCUAAAAAGGCUGAGUGGGAUAAAAUCUUUGAGAAACAACUAGAGAACUACACAGUUUGUAAGCAAAGCGCACUUAUUCUGAAGACAGUCGCUGGAGGCAUGGACGUCAUGCUGAUGGUGUUGGCUGUUCUUCAGCUCUGUGUCACUAUCAGCUGGUCUGUCCUGAGCAUUAAAGCAUUAUGCAAGAAGAAAGCCAAAGGACAGGAUGUAGAGGAUCCAGAACUUUACAGACCCCUCAUAGAUGAAGACCUUUCCAAUCCUGAGUGUUAGAACACUAAAGACACUACACUACACUUAGACUAGUUCAUAUCAAGCACUUUCCUAAUUGUCACAUUUCCAAAGAAAUAACCACAGUGUUGUUCUUAAAAUAAGUGUUUACUAUAUUUACAGAUUAAUUAUAAUUACACAGUUUCAAAUCACUAAUAAAACAUGCUCAUCUGUUAUACUCUAUCAGCUACCAUCAUGUAUAUACCUGCAAAAAAUCUAAUGAAUGUAAAGUAAAUAAAAAACGGGACAUUUUGUUCA